AACGGCAUGUCUGUGGAUGAGAAGCCUGACUCCCCCAUGUAUGUGUAUGAGUCCACAGUUCACUGCACCAACAUCCUCCUGGGCCUCAAUGACCAGCGGAAAAAGGAUAUUCUCUGUGACGUGACUUUGAUCGUGGAAAGGAAGGAGUUCCGGGCCCACCGGGCUGUGCUGGCCGCAUGCAGUGAAUACUUUUGGCAGGCACUUGUUGGACAGACAAAAAAUGACUUGGUGGUCAGCUUGCCUGAGGAGGUCACGGCCAGGGGCUUUGGGCCACUGUUACAGUUUGCCUACACUGCCAAGCUGUUACUCAGCAGAGAAAACAUCCGCGAGGUCAUCCGCUGUGCUGAGUUCCUGCGCAUGCACAACCUGGAGGACUCCUGCUUCAGCUUCCUGCAGACCCAGCUCCUAAACAGUGAGGAUGGCCUGUUUGUGUGCCGGAAGGAUGCUGCGUGCCAGCGCCCACACGAGGACCGCGCAGACCGUGAGAACUCUGCAGGAGAGGAGGAGGAAGAAGAUGAGGAGACGAUGGAUUCAGAGACAGCCAAGAUGGCUUGCCCCAGGGACCAGAUGCUUCCAGAGCCCAUCAGCUUUGAGGCCGCUGCCAUCCCCGUAGCAGAAAAGGAAGAAGCCCUGCUGCCAGAGCCCGACGUGCCCACAGACACCAAGGAGAGCUCAGAAAAGGACGCAUUGACGCAGUACCCCAGAUACAAGAAAUACCAGCUUGCGUGUACCAAGAAUGUCUAUAAUGCAUCAUCACACAGUACCUCAGGUUUUGCAAGCACAAACGGGGAAGAUAACUCUAGCAACAGCCUCAAGCCGGGUCUUUCCAUGGGGCAGAUUAAAAGUGAACCGCCCAGUGAAGAGAAUGAGGAAGAGAGCAUCACACUCUGCCUGUCUGGAGAUGAGCCUGAUGCCAAGGACAGAGCGGGGGACAUCGAUAUGGACCAGAAACAGCUCAGCCCUGCCCCUACCCCUACGACCCCAGUUGUGGCCGCCUGCCUGGAACGAUCCAGGAGCAUGGCCUCACCCUCCUGCUUGAGGUCUCUGUUCAGCAUAACAAAAAGUGUGGAGCUGUCUGGACUGCCCAGUACAUCUCAGCAGCACUUUGCCAGGAGUCCAGCAUGCCCUUUUGACAAGGGGAUCACUCAGGGUGACCUUAAAACUGACUAUACCCCUUUCACAGGGAAUUAUGGACAGCCCCACAUGGGCCAGAAGGAAGUGUCCAACUUCACCAUGGGGUCGCCCCUCAGGGGGCCUGGGUUGGAGGCUCUCUGUAAACAGGAGGGAGAGCUGGACCGGAGGAGUGUGAUAUUCUCCUCCAGUGCUUGUGACCAAGUGAGCACCUCGGUGCAUUCAUAUUCUGGGGUGAGCAGUUUGGACAAAGACCUCUCUGAGCCGGUGCCAAAGGGUCUGUGGGUGGGAGCUGGCCAGUCCCUCCCCAGCUCGCAGGCCUACUCCCACGGUGGGCUGAUGGCCGACCACUUGCCAGGAAGGAUGAGGCCCAACACCAGCUGCCCGGUGCCAAUCAAAGUCUGCCCUCGCUCACCCCCGUUGGAGACCAGGACCAGGACUUCCAGCUCCUGCUCCUCAUAUUCCUAUGCAGAGGAUGGGAGCGGGGGCUCGCCCUGCAGCCUCCCUCUCUGUGAGUUCUCCUCCUCACCCUGUUCCCAGGGAGCCAGAUUCCUUGCCACAGAACAUCAGGAACCAGGCCUGAUGGGAGAUGGAAUGUACAACCAAGUGCGGCCCCAAAUUAAAUGUGAGCAGUCUUAUGGAACCAACUCCAGUGACGAGUCUGGAUCGUUCUCGGAAGCAGACAGUGAGUCGUGUCCUGUGCAGGACAGGGGCCAGGAGGUAAAACUUCCUUUUCCUGUAGAUCAGAUCACAGAUCUUCCAAGGAACGAUUUCCAGAUGAUGAUUAAGAUGCACAAGCUAACCUCAGAACAGUUAGAGUUCAUUCAUGAUGUCCGACGGCGCAGCAAGAACCGCAUCGCGGCUCAGCGCUGCCGCAAGAGGAAACUGGACUGUAUUCAGAAUUUAGAAUGUGAAAUCCGCAAAUUGGUGUGUGAGAAAGAGAAACUGUUGUCAGAGAGGAAUCAGCUGAAAGCAUGCAUGGGGGAACUGCUGGACAACUUCUCCUGCCUUUCCCAGGAAGUCUGCCGAGACAUCCAGAGCCCUGAGCAGAUCCAGGCCCUGCAUCGGUAUUGCCCUGUCCUCAGACCCAUGGACCUGCCCACAGCCUCCAGUAUUAACCCUGCGCCCCUGGGUGUCGAGCAGAACCUCGUGGCCUCCCAGUGCUCAGUGGGGGAAAAUGUGCCCUGCUGCUUGGAGCCAGGUGCGGCUCCCCCUGGACCACCCUGGGCACCCAGCAACACCUCCGAGAAUUGUACCUCUGGGAGGAGGCUAGAAGGCACUGACCCAGGAGCCUUUUCUGAGAGAGGACCUCCUCUUGAACCCAGGAGCCAAACAGUGACCGUGGACUUCUGCCAGGAAAUGACUGAUAAGUGUACAACUGACGAACAGCCCAGGAAAGAUUACACCUAGUGACUCGGCUCUGCCUCCCAGUCCUCACACCUCUCCCAUCCAGGCGUUCUUCAGUCAGCCUGUGGCACUGUUCAUCUGCUGUCCCGAAGAAACCGAAAAUACAUUUGGUGCACACUACAGCGGUCUUAGCAGCAAUACUGUUCCGAAGUAUUCUCUCCUCUUCUCGAGCAGGAGUGAUAGAUAGUUACCUUCACAAUGGUGCUACCCCUUGCCCAGGCAAGGAAAGACAGCAGUGAUGACGCUGUCUGUCUGUGGCUCAAUUUCAGUCUUCACAGGGAUAGACUACAACACCUCUAGGCCCCAACCACGGAUUUUUUUUCUCAGUGGCCCAUGUCACAAACCCUAUCUCAGGAAUUUCUUCUGAAUGUUCAAUUUUUUUCAUUGAAGACAGCUUCUAUACACAUCAAAGUUUUAUAGCUAGACUGUACAUAUUAUAUAUAAUAUAUAUAAAAUAUAUAUAUAUCCAUAUGCAAAAGUCCUGCAUGCCUCAACUUUCUCAUCUUAAAACUGGAAACUUCAUUUCUCAUUUAGAAACAGGUUCCAGCAUUCCUCUUGUUUUGUCUCUGAUGCUAGAACUAGUUUGGUAACUGUUAACAUGGUCAUUUUUCUUGCUUCACAGUUCGAUUUUCAAUUUGUACUUAUUUAUGGACAAAAUUCAGUGUUGGAAGCUUUUUCCCAAGAUUUUAUUUCAGCUCUUUUUUACGUUUGGUUUGGUUUUGGCACCGCCAGAUGGUGUCAUUUGAGCAUUGUGGGUUUCUUUUUUGUUUGGUGGGG